CCCGCCCCCGGCGGCCGGCAGUCGGGGCGGCGGCGCGGAGGGGAGCGGAGCUCGGAGCGCAGCGCUGCUCGUGGGCGGGGGGGGGGUCCGGCAUGGAGGCGCCGCCCGCUCCCCCCGCCGUGCCGCCGGCUCCCUGCAGCGCCGCCCGCAGCCUGCAGGACGAACUGACGUGCCCGGUGUGCCUGGAGUACUUCACCGACCCGGUGCUGGUGGCCGAGUGCGGCCACAACUUCUGCCGGGCCUGCGUGACCCAGUGCUGGGAGGACUCGGCCCGGCGGCUCUGCUGCCCGCAGUGCCGGGAACCGGUGCCGCAGCGGCUCUUCCGCCCCAACCGCUCCCUCGGCAACAUCGUCCACAUCGUCCGCCAGCUUGGGCUGCCCCCCGGCCCCGCCGAGCCGCCUCCGGGGCCUCCCGCCCCUUCUCCGCCUCUGCCCGCAGCAGCUCCGCCGGGUCCCCCGGGGCCUCCGCGGUGUCCCCGGCACGGCGAACCCCUGCGGCUCUUCUGCGUGCAGGACCGCCGGGCCGUCUGCGUGGUCUGCCACCUCUCCCGGGAGCACCGCACCCACACCGUGCUGCCCGCCGAGGAGGCGGCGCACGCCGCGGAGAUCUCUUCUGCCUUCCAGGAGGUGCCGCAGGAACAUUUGAGCUCCCUGCGAAAAGGGCGCGAAGAAGCCAAGGCUGAGAGGGAGAGGCAGAGCGAAGACUUGCUGAAGCAGACAGAAGUGGAGAGGCAGAAGAUCGUGGCCGAGUGCAAGGAGCUGCGAGGCUUCCUGGAGGAGAAGGAGCAGCUCCUGCUGUCCCGCCUGGAGGAGCUAGACAGAGACAUCGUGAAGAGGAGAGAUGAGAGCGUCUCCAGGCUCUCCGAGGAGAUCGCCCAGCUCGAUAAGCUGCUGGGGGAGCAGGGAGGAGAAAACGGCCCAGGGAACCAGUCCGGGCAGGUUGUCACCACGGCUGGAAGCAGCUUUGAGAGCUGGAUGUUUUGCAAGCCGGAGGCUGGCUUUGCCGAGCUGGAGAAGAAACUCAAGAGCUUUUCCCAGAAGAGCGCAGUGCUGAAAGAGGUCUUGCUGGAGUUCAAGGAGAACCUUCGGUUUGAGUUGGAGAACGAUACAGGUGAUCUCUCUCUGGAUCCGGACACAGCCAACCCUUACCUGGUGCUGUCGGAGGACAAGAGGAGCGUGCGGCUCAGGAGUGCCCCCCAGGAGCUGCCGGCCAACCCCAAGAGAUUCGAUUACUCCUUCUGCGUGCUGGCGGCCGAGGGUUUCGUAGCUGGGAGGCAUUACUGGGAGGUGGAGGUGGGCGACGGGGAGAGCUGGGUGCUGGGGGCGGCCCGCGAGUCGGUGCGGAGGAAGGAGAAAAUCGACUUCGCUCCCGAGGAGGGGAUCUGGGCGGUGGGGCUGAACUGGAAGGGGAAGAAUUGGGAUCAGUACCAGGCUUUCACCUCCCCGGAGACGCCCCUGUCCCUGUGCGAGAGGCCCAGGAAGAUCGGGGUGUACCUGGACUACGAAGGCGGGUGGGUGGCGUUCUACAACGCCGAUAACAUGGCUCCCAUCUUCACCUUCACGGCCGCUUUCACCGAGAAGAUCUUUCCUUUCUUCUGGCUCUUCUAUGUGGGCUCCUCGCUCUCCCUUUGCAAUUGACCUGUCUGGUUUCUUUCUUCCCCCCACCCUCUCCCCGAGGUGACCUGCAAGUAGUGCCCCGAUCCCGUUCCCUUUUUCCCCUCGCUUUCAGACAAAAGCCCCGAAACUCGUCCGUGUCCCUAGUUCAGCUUGGGGGGUUUCCUCUUUUUCUCGUUCUUGCAUUUAAAAACUUUGGGUCUCUCUUACCCCGAAAAAGGUUUUCUGGGGGCAUCAACCGUUGAGGGUGGACAAACCCUGCUGCUUAAGUAGCCCCUGUAUAGGGUUUUCUCCUCUCCACUCACGCUCUGGCCUGCUCUAUAAGCAACCCUCUUCCCUUUUCGUUGUUUUAAGUUGGCUGCCCCCGUGGCAAACCAGGGAGAAAAGCUCCGUCAGGGGUUUCUCGCUUCCUGCCUUCAGCCGUAGCAAAGCCGCCUGCUUCGUGCACCCCGGAAAGCUCUCGAGGGCUAGAAAACCUGUGUGAGGAGGAAAGGUACCGUACCCAACCCCUGAUUCCUGACACCGUUGCUCUGCAGGUCACCUUUUUAGCGUUUUUUCCGCCCCCAUCCCCCCCAUCCUCGCUUCUCCCUUCCUCGGGAAGGGGCCGAGCCUGUCUUUUGCUGCCACUAGAGAGCAAAAACCCCGCGAUCUUUCCCCCCCCCACCUUCCCGUUGUUGCCGAGGGUUUGUAGGGCCGAGCGCUGGGAUCCUGCGGCCCAGGAGCGAGGCAGGGCGAGCUCGGGGCGCUGGCUGCCAACCCAAAAGCUGUGGCGAGAGCCGUGGGCGCGCUGCCGACCCGGAGUCUCUGUGCCACCCGGAUUUUGGGGUUGGCUUUGGGGGAUUUUGGUCCCAGUGCAGGCUGCGUAGUGGGGUAAGGGGAGGGGGGGGGGGGGGAAGCCUCGUUCUAGGUGUGAUCUCGCGCGUGCUUACAAGACCCCUGCCCGCCCUCGUGUGACCCCGCGAUGCUGUUAUGUCUCUUUGCCCUGUUACUCUGUUUAGUGGGGAAAUAAAAGUUGCUGUGCAAAAG